CGGGACUAAGUGUAAACUAGUUUUGCUGGAUGUUUGAGGAAGCGGCUUUUAAUCUUCCACUCGAGCCAAGACGAAAAGUCAACAUGUCAGGUGACAAUGCAGGAAGUGUGUCCACAGCCACAGACAGCUUGGCAACUGCAGGGAACUUAGCAGAGACGGAUGGUUUCUCCAGAAGCAGCCCCGUCGGUUUGAAUCCUGCGGAGGAAUACACGAUGACCAGAAAGCGUCGUGGCGUCGCUCUCAUCUUCAACCAGGAGCGUUUCUUCUGGCGCCUGGGCCUGAACUCCAGAAGCGGGACGAACGCCGACCGCCACAACUUGGAGAGGAGGCUGCUGGAGCUGAACUUUGAUGUCAGGAGUUAUAAUGACUACAAACUGGUGGAAGUCCUGGAAAAAAUCCAUGAAGCUGCUGAAGGCGAUCACUCAGACGCCGACUGCUUCCUGCUCGCCUUCCUUAGCCACGGCGAGAACGACCACGUCUACGCUUACGACGGCAAGAUCAGCAUCCAGGACAUCACCGCCAUGUUCAGAGGAAACAAGUGCAGGAGCCUCGUGGGAAAACCCAAGAUCUUUAUUGUGCAGGCGUGCCGUGGGGAGCAGCACGACGUUCCCGUGACGCCCUGCGACGUCGUGGACAGCGAUGCGAUGACAAAUGAGACGGUGGUGGACGCCUGCGCCAUCCAGACCCUCCCUUCUGGCGCCGAUUUCAUCAUGUGUUACUCUGUUGCUGAAGGUUUCUACUCCCACAGAGAGACCAUCAACGGCUCGUGGUACAUCCAGGAUCUGUGUGAGUUACUCCGGACGUACGGCGGCUCGCUGGAGUUCACGGAGCUGCUCACGCUGGUCAAUAGAAAGGUCUCGAUGCGCGAAGUCGGGAACUCCAACGACCGCAACGCAAUUGGCAAAAAACAGGUACCAUGCUUCGCUUCGAUGCUCACCAAGAAGCUCUACUUCCGGCCGAAGAAGUGAUCAACGGUUCGAUUGGUUGGUUUAAAUCUGAGCCUUUGAAUCUCAGCUGGUGCAGCUGAUCCGCUCCGUGAAGAUGAGAAAAAAAAAUAGUUGUUUUGUUUCUUUAGAUGUUGAAAACAUUCCUGGCAGAUCAUUUGCACAGAGAAGCCUUCUGCUCAUAAAUCACUGUACCUGGUAAAGCUGAAACUAUCCGGGAGUUUUUAAUCUUAGUCUAUACAUUUUUUCGUAAUUGAUCUUGUUUGGUGAGUAGCAGCAUAACAUUCAGAAAUAAUUCAGGGGUUUUCUAAUCUCAGGUAUCUCCUCAGAGGCGCCAUUGAUCCAGGCUGCCUACUGGACCCAUCAUGCAAAAUUCCUUUUUUGCACAUUUUUAUACUUCAUACUUCUAUUUGGGUUUCCAUUUGGUACCAAAAUGCUUAAAACACUCAGUUUUGCCAAUAAGUUUGUCUUUUGGUGUCUGUUAAAUGACGUGUUUUGAAUGUAACAUCACAAAUUAGCCGGUACUGCCUGUCACCUAGCAACCCCAGCAGAAUUCAAUCCGUUGCCUAGCAACUCCAGCAGAAUUCCGCCUGUUACCUAGCAACCCAAGAUGAGGUCCAGUACAGUUGAUCAGCUGGUUUUACCGCUGUAUGCGCUGUACAAUGGCUGCUGGAAAAGACGAGUUUUGUUGUCGAUUUAUCAUCCAGAAACCACUUGGUGCAUUCUUGUUGGUUGUGCAGCAGGCUCUACGUCUGCUUUUCAAAGGUGUGCAGUUACAUAAUUUUGCAUCUGUUUGCAGCCAUUUUCUCAAGUGAGUGUAAACGUUGAGUUGGGGGUCGUGGCCAGCAGCAGCUUGUUUGGAUUUAAAGUAAUGAUCCCCUAAAACAACUCAAACUAAAAUACAAUUUCAUUAUCUUAGAAAGAUUUUGUGCAAAAAAUGUAAUGAACAUUUACAUUUUUAGAGAUGAAUAGGUAAUCUUUAAAGCUCAUUCCUUAACGACGAUAAAGAGAGUCCAUGUUGUGUUGUCGUCUUAUCCAGUUCUUGGUUCGUCUCUCAGUGCAGGUUUGCACUCAAACUGUCAACAAACGCCAACAUGAAAACCUGAAAAUGUUUCUGUUUCUUAAAGCUGUAAAAGGGAAUUAAAUCAUU